GGGCUCGGGCUCUGCCCGCCGCCGCCGGCUCGCGUCCCUACGCUGCGCCGCCUGGCCGGGUGCAUGCAUUGUGGGCCUCCCGACAUGGUCUGCGAGACGAAGAUCGUGGCUACGGAGGACCAUGAGGCACUGCCGGGGGCCAAGAAGGACGCGCUGCUCGCUGCCGCCGGAGCCAUGUGGCCCCCGCUGCCCGCUGCGCCCGGGCCGGCCGCCGCACCCCCACCCGCGGCAGGUCCCCAGCCCCACGGAGGCACCGGGGGCGCGGGGCCGCCGGAGGGGCGCGGCGUGUGCAUCCGCGAGUUCCGCGCAGCAGAGCAGGAGGCGGCGCGCCGCAUUUUCUACGACGGCAUCUUGGAGCGCAUCCCCAACACGGCUUUUCGCGGCCUGCGGCAGCACCCGCGCACCCAGCUGCUCUACGCCCUGCUGGCGGCCCUCUGUUUUGCUGUGACCCGCUCACUGCUGCUGACAUGCCUGGUGCCGGCUGGGCUCCUGGCCCUGCGCUACUACUACAGUCGCAAGGUGAUUCUGGCCUACCUGGAGUGUGCGCUGCACACGGACAUGGCCGACAUUGAGCAGUACUACAUGAAGCCGCCAGGUUCCUGUUUCUGGGUGGCUGUGCUGGACGGCAACGUUGUGGGCAUCGUGGCCGCUCGGGCCCAUGAGGAGGACAACACAGUGGAGCUGCUCCGCAUGUCCGUGGACUCGCGCUUCCGCGGCAAAGGCAUCGCCAAGGCUCUGGGCAGGAGGGUGUUGGAGUUUGCCAUGUUGCACAACUAUUCUGCAGUGGUACUGGGCACCACAGCUGUUAAGGUGGCCGCCCACAAGCUCUAUGAGUCACUGGGCUUCAGACAUAUGGGCGCGAGUGAUCACUACGUGCUGCCUGGCAUGACCCUCUCGCUGGCCGAGCGCCUCUUCUUCCAGGUCCGCUACCACCGCUACCGCCUGCAGCUGCGCGAGGAGUGACCACCACCACCUGCCCACCACCCUGUCUGCCCCCGUCCACCUCUGCCCUCCUGCUCGCUGCCCAGUGCGGCCCUGCUUUCCAGUGCUCACCUUGGCGUUUGUUUGGGUUUUCCUUUUUCAGCAUCAUGCUGGUUCAUCACCUGGCUGGUUCUGGGGCCACAGGGUCCCAGUCCAGAGUGUUCAUCCACAACACUCUGGUGGGGUGGAUUGUCUGCAGCCAUGGCCCUUGCCUCCCCAGCCCAUCAGAGUGGUUCAUCAUGCCUUCAAGAGUAGCAUUGUGGACCAUCUGAACUAUCCACAAAGCUGCCCAGCCUGCCUCCAUCAGGGAAGGACUAGCCUUGCCCAUCAAGCACAGAACCUCUAAAACACCCCCUCCCCCCCAGGAGCAGAACCCUGGCCCCCAGCCAGGCUAAGGCUCAGCUAUUGGGCUCUGGAAGAGUGGUCUGCUGGACUGGCCAGCCACUGCCCCAUGGGGGGCCGAGCUGGCCCCAGGCCCUGCUUUGCCCUGUGCAUGCUAAGGACAUGGCCUGGCUGCAGCAUGCCGCAUGCCACAGCCCCCUGCCCUGCUGCCCUGCCCAGCCUGGACCUCAGGCCUGAGCUGGUGAGCUCCCUUGUCCUGUCCUGAGCUGGCCUCUGGAGGGCCUACCUGCCUGACUCUGUCUGCUCUCUGGUGGGGCCAGGCCUGGGUUGGCCUUACCUAACCUGGCUCUAUCCACUCCUGCUUUGCUUUGAAAUCAUCUUACCUCUUUCCCUUUUUGGUCCCCGUGCCUCCUUGCUCUGGCUGACUUGGCUGGUCACCGGGGUUUGGUUCCUGUAGCAAUCCACUGCACAGCAUGGUGGGAAUUUCAUGGGGGCGGGGGGAAUACCUCCCCCAACACCUGUUAGAUCAGGUGGCCACCUCUCAGCUGCCUGAGGUCCUGUGGCCUCAUGCUGUUUGUGUGGUCUGCCCUGUGAAUGUAACUAGCCCAGGCUGUUGUUGGCAAUGCCUGCCACAGCUUCUUCCAGCCUGAAACAACCCAUUCUCUAAUAAGUUACGUAGACAGAAUAGCACUCUGCAUGACUUUAAUUACUGGGACAAAAUGGUAGUUUGAGCCUCCAGACACACAUCGGUGUGGUGCUAGCAUACGCACGGUCUCUGGCCCCAUUUGAUGGGGGUGGGUGGCCGGGUAGGUAGAAGAUUUCAGUUUGAAGUAUGGAAGGAAACUCUAAUUUAGUGUAAAUGCCCCCAAAGUGCCCUCACAACACAAAGUCUGUGAGGCUCAGGCUGUCCCUUGAUUCCUUGUAUGCAGGAUUGAGGGGACUGGAGGGUCCUAAAGCCUCAUAGAAAGGGCUGGGCACUGCUUUUGAGGACAGGAGCUGGUGGUUGGGGUGGGUCCAGCCAUCCCACAACAGACUAAUCUAGGCCAACUAUGCUCCUGGCCUCUCCUUUUUGAGGUCCCACUUAGGGUCCAGCCUAGAUGGGGGUGGGGAUGGCCUCGGACAGGGAGAGGAAGUAGCUGGCAGUGUUCAUGUGGCCAGCUGAAACUUGGACUUAGCUUUAGUGCAGGGGGUGCAUAAAGGCCCAUGCAUACUCCUCUGUGUGGGGCUUGGGUGAGGAGUGGCAGGCUAGGUAGACCACAGAGCUGGGCCCUGGCACCAAGGCUACAUUAUUAGAAAGGCUCUUUAGAGUUAAUGAGUUGGUGGAAAAACCCAGCUUCCUGAGGGGCGUUUUGUCCUGUUAGCAAUUGAGGCAUUUGCAGAACACUGUACAGACCCCGCUCUCCCCUGUACAUUCCUCCCUGGUGGUGCCCGGUCCCCACUUGGGGAUGGGAGUUUUGUAGACUGUACAGAAAUUGGCACCCUAUUUUCUUGCAGCUCUCAGAUUUUGUUAAUCUGGAUUAUACAGACAGACGUAAAGUGUUUUAGCAAAAUGGAAAA